GUGGGUGUAGGUGAGGAAUAAAAGGACCGGUUCUGCUCCUAAAAAUAUGCACUUCGUACCAACUCUUACAGACUUCACAGGGGAACAGCUCUUUAUAGCUACAAAGCACAAGAUGGCAUUCUUCCAGAAAUUUCUUGAGGAAAUCAGUAAUGAUGACAGGACCAGGGGUUAUAAAGGUGGUCCUGCUGAGACAGCAUACUUUGGAACAGUCAAGGCUGAUCCUAACUUUAAUGCCCAGAAUGAUGCUGCAAAGUUGAAGAAAGCCAUUGAGACCAAAGGUGUGGAUGAAGCCACUAUUGUGGAGGUGAUGGCAAAAAGGAGCAAUGCACAGAGACAACAAAUCAAAGCAGCUUAUCAGCAGAGUGCAGGAAAACCUCUAGCAGAUGAUUUGAAAAAGGCCCUGAAGUCAGAUUUUGAGGAGGUGGUCCUUGCCUUGUUGAUGACACCACCUGAGUAUGAUGCUUUUGAAAUGAAAAGAGCCAUGAAGAAUCUUGGGACAAAUGAGGCUGUCUUAAGUGAAAUUCUGGGGACCAGAUCAAACAAGGAGAUCACAGCAAUGAAGAAUACUUUCAAAGAAGUGUAUGGAGAGCUGCUGGAGGAAGAUAUUAAAAGUGAAACUAAAGGACAUCUUGAGACUGCAUUGGUUGUCCUUUGCAAGGCUACCAGGAGUGAAGAUUCAAACAUUGAUGAAGAACUGGCUAAGAGUGAUGCAAAGGCUCUGUUUGAGGCAGGAGAGCAUCGUGUUGGCACUGUGUGCUCUGUCCUGAUUGACGUCCUCACAUCCAGGAGCGAUGCUCAGUUGUGCAAAAUUUUUAAGUAUUACGGCCAAUACAGCAAGCAGAAUUUUGCUAAAGCCCUGGAGGGUGAGCUGCAUGGAAGCCUUGAGGACUGUCUGAUGACUCUAGUGAAAUCUGCUUGGAACAAACCUGCCUACUUUGCAGAAAAGCUCCACCUGGCUAUGAAGGGAUUAGGAACCAACACUGACACACUGACUAGAAUCAUUGUGAGCCGUUCAGAAAUCGACCUGCUGAAAAUUAUUCAAGAGUACAAGAGGAUAUACGGCAAAACCCUUCAAGAAGACAUUCUGAAGGAAACUAGUGGAGACUAUGAGAAGAUUCUGCUGGCUCUCUGUGGCACUCAAUAAACAUCUCUUACUCAAAUACAUCACCUAAAAAUGCAUGGCAAUUCAUCAAUUCACACAUUGUAUUCAUUACUAUGUAAACACAACUUAAUAUCCCUAUGGUGUGGUUUUUUAGAAGUGUUUCAUUGGAAUAUAGGUGAAAAAUAUCAGUCAUUGUGGAACUCAUUGUGUAUUGUGUUCCUUGACGAAUAAAUUCAGUUGGACACCGGAA